CACUCGCCUACGGGAGAAUGGGAGAGAGACACAGAAGGGGAGGGAGGAGGAACUUGAAGGAAAAAAGUUAAAAUAAAAAUGGCUUCCUUGUCUUUGGAGUCCACAGAACAAUCUAAAAAAGGCCCAAAGGAGACCACGCAAAAUGAAGCCAAAGUGAAAGAGGAGACGGACCCGGACGAAGUUUCGGAACAACUGCUCCAGAGCUUCCAGAACUCGGCGCUCAGUUUUUCCACCGAUCAAGUCGCGUGUCUGUGCGAAGCGCUCCUGCAAGCGGGCAAUGUGGAUCGCCUGUGGAGAUUCCUCGCCACCAUCCCUCCUUCGUCCGAUCUGCUACGUGGCAACGAGACCCUGUUGAAGGCCCAGGCUCUGGUCUCUUUCCACCGGGACGAAUUCAAAGAGUUGUACGCCAUCCUGGACAGUCACGACUUCCACCCGAGUAACCAUGGGUUCCUGCAAGACCUCUACUUGAAGGCGCGAUACAAGGAGGCUGAGAGGUCCCGGGGUCGCAGUCUGGGCGCCGUGGAUAAAUAUCGGCUGCGCAAAAAGUUUCCUUUGCCCAAAACCAUUUGGGACGGAGAGGAGACGGUGUACUGCUUCAAGGAGAAGUCGCGCAACGCUCUGAAGGAAUGUUACAAGAUCAACAGGUAUCCCACUCCGGCCGAGAAGAAGAAUUUGGCCAAAGUUACCGGACUUUCUUUGACUCAAGUGAGCAACUGGUUUAAGAAUCGCCGACAGAGGGACCGGACCCCGUCCGGUACCAACAGCAAAAGUGAAUCUGAUGGGAACCACAGCACAGAAGAUGAAGCCAGCAAGUGUGAUCUGGAGGAUAUUACUGACAAACCUGCUGCUCAAGAGACAGGCAGCUCCAAUGCUUCCCUCAUAUCUGUCCCUGGUGCUCCUUGUGGUACUGGUCAACUUGUUCUCAACAGCCCUGGGGGAUUCCUUACAAGCCCUCAUCCACUGCUGCUCAAUGGGAGCCCUAUUCUCUCAGGGGCAGGAACUGGAGUCAUCAUUAAUGGGUUGACACUGAGCGAUGGCCACACAGUCACACUCAGUCCUGUUACAGCUAAUGCGCCAUUGCUACUUAAUGGGGCUCAAGUAAUCUCCAAAGAUGAACGGGGCAUUAGUGAUUUGGAGGCCCAGGGCAACCUGACCACUGUGGUUCUAAAUCCACAAGCCAGUCUAACCAGCACAAUACCUCUACCUAUUAGCGAGGACACAAAAUCAACCAGUAGCAAUGUCUCUCCACUGGAUUUCAUCAGUCUUCCAGAGGCCUUAAAGAAUACAGAUAAUACUCACCUAGUGCCUGCAAUCUCUAUGUCCUUGCCUGCCAUCUCCACUUCUGUCAUCUCUUCUACAUCUCUUUCUUCAGGAAUGCUGGCCCCAAAUAGUAUAUCUGCAUCAAUACCUGGCUCUGUGAGUUCAGUCAUCUCAAGUCCUAUAGUACCACUACAGCCCACACAGCCACAGGAAAUUGUUGUAUUAGGAAAGGCUGAAGCUCUGUCUCCAACUUGCAGCUCUAUCUCUAGCCCACAGGUGCUGUCUUUACCCCAGGUAGUGCCAUCAAUACAGGGUGUUCCAGUAUCUCAAUUGAUGCAGCCACCAUCUGGGACCACAGUAUCAUCCCGCCCUCAGCUUGUUCCAGUCUCCCCAGUCAACCCCCAGUUAUCCCAAGUCUCCAUUCCCCAGUUUCAGACACAGACUUUUCACAUGGGUCCAAGACUUGCUCAAGCACAGCCUCAAAAUGGCUCAGUCACAUUAACUACCAGCAGUGCUUUAACACUCCCACAGAUUGCUGAUGGGCAAGUUACACAAGUACUUACACCUCAGCUAGGAAAUGAAUCUACUUUAGCCUCUCUUCCACAGAUACAGACCUCUAUGGGGACACAAAUCAUACCCAUCUCUUCCCCAACUCAAGUUGUACCUAUAUCUCAAACCAAAGACUCAAGCCAAAUGGUCCCCCUGUCACUGCCUCAACUUAUGCCCGUAUCAUCCAUUGCGGGAACUCCAACUGGAACCUUCUCCUUUCCUCAGGUGGUCCCAGCAGCUCCAUCUCUAUCCAUUCCGUCCCAUGGAGGUGCUUUCCAGAUUCUAACAUCUGGAGCUGGAACAGGUUUGAGUGUUGCCCAGGGACCAAUACGCUUGAGCCCAAUAGGGCCCCCUCAGAGUGUCCCUACCGGAAGCAUUCCAGGUGUUCAACUUCUCAACUCUGGAGUGAUUAAGCUCCCAACUGCCUCUCCAGGCAAUAUCUUGUUAGCAGGUGGCAUCGGGAGCAACCCCAUCCUAAGUGUUAAAAAUGGCAAACUUAUACUCACUAUCCCAGCUGGCAUUCAGUUUGCCAGCAUGCCUGUCAAGUCCAUCCCAGACAAUUCAGUCUCAAGCAACAGUAACCUUGAUUCGCAAAUCUCUACUGUACAUUCACCUGACAAUCAACCAGCACCUCCCCUUAUUGCUCAAACCUCAAAUUCACUACAAUCAUCUCCUUUGGGGUUUGUUGGCUCCUCUGCACUUUAUUGCAGCCCUGAGCCAGGGACCACUGCCAAUACAACCCCAGGGGCCUCUCCUAACACCCCAGACUCUUCCAGCACUCCAACUCCUACAAGUGUCCUACAAUCCCAGCAGGCUCUUAGCCCUGAUAGCAUGCUAUCACUCAGUCCAAUCUGUAGUGGAGUGGUAACUGGGCACCACCUUUCCCAGCCAGCCUGGAGUCCUGUCCCACUGUCCUCUUCCUCCGGUCUGACAUUAUUUGACAUGCGUGGGAAAGGGGAUCUUCCAGAGGACCCUGCUUUGUUGGGCCUGCCAGGAGGAGAGUCUCUCCUGUUGGGCACUCCUUCUCCGGGUGAGGAUAUAGAGAGAGAUUCUCAUCUGGAUGAGGACAUGGAUGGGGAUUCAAAAAUUCUUACACAACUGCAGUCUGUCCCUGUGGAUGAUGACCUGGGAUUAUAACUACCUGCCUGUUGAGGCCAUGUGCAACUAGUAUUAUAUCUCUGCAUGCAUGAAUUGCAUUCAAUCAUGUCCCAGAAGUGGGAGGAACUAUGAUUUAGGACUUCAGAUGUUUGAGUCUUUCCUCACUUCAAAUGUUAGUGCUGCGUUUAGCAUUAAGUAAAGUUGUUAAUGCAAACCAUUCUUAGAUUUUAAAUUCAGUUGUGAAAUCAAUGCUUUCAGCAAACUUAGAAGGUUUAAUUGUUGUAGAUGAAAAAAACUGAGGAAACAUUUUGCUUAAGAAAUUUGUGCACACAGUUUUCACCUUUAGGAAUCUAAGUUUGUGUGUUUGCAUGUUAACCAUGUCUUUGAUAAGAAACAGAGCUUGAUACAUUUUAGAAGGGCUUACACGACUCCCUCAGUGGUAAGAAGGCACUCGUAUUUCAAAGCAAUCAAGAUUGUUCUACCUGGGACAGAAGAGCAUGUGGGAAUGCCUUCUUUUGUGCCUUACAUUUUUGUUACUUGUCUUUUUUAGAUUCAAGGACUCUAAACAGUGCUUUUAUCUUUUAAGAAUAAAUAGGAAUAUUAGGUUUACCUUCUAGAGACCUAAUAAGAGACACCUAGAGGUACAUACAUUUUUAUAUCAAGUAUGAAAUGAGUCCAAACAUCAGCUGUCCUGUUUAAGUGGAUCAUAAUAGUCCCUAGAUGCACCAACAGGACCCUACACUGGGAGAGGAAAAUCAGAACGUAUAAUUCAUCGAAUAAUUCAUAAUACUCAGUGGAAGUUGAGACUUGUUGACAAAUUAACCUUUAAAUGUGACUCUGUAUUGGAUGUACUAGAUCAUCACUGCAUGCAUGGUUCAGGUGCUGUUUUAAUAGUUCCUCUUUAAACAUAUUAAGCAUGUGCCAGAUUUCAAGAUGGCAAGGUGCCUGGAAUAUGAACAUUACAUUUUGAACAUGCAGUGAAGCACUCAUAUUAUUUCUGUUGUCUUUUAGUCAAUGUAUACAUAAUCUUGCAGUAUGUUCUUGAUGGUGAAGCUGACAAUGUAACCCCUGUACAUUUUGGUAAGACCAAAAACGUACUGAGAACUUUAUGUUGGUUUUCCACUCAUGGAUCUGACCCAGACAUUCCAAACCUGUAACAUGAGACUAUAUAUAUGUUCUUGCAUCCAAAGGGAAUUGAAGUACUGAAUCGUCUAUGCAACUGUUCCACAUGAUAACUGAACUCUUAAGAUUUGUUUACUGUUGAAAACAGCCACUUCUUACACUACAAAUUCACCAUGUACUAAUACAACGAAAUGUUUCUUCUUGUUUUUGUCUUGUUCUACUUGUCCUGUUUAUCACUUCUGUUAUAUAUUUAACUGUGGAAUUUCUACAUAACUACAAAAAUGCCUUUACCUACCCUUUAUUUUAAUCAAAUGCAAUUUAGUCUAGGUGAUUCGAAGCUACAAAAAUGUGUCACUUUUCAACACAGGUCAUUAUCACCAUCAGACUAAUUUGUUUAAUGCAGAGUAUGUCUCUGUAUAUUUUGCACAUUUUAUUGUUUUUAUUCAUGAAGCAUUUACUCCCUUCUCCCCCCUGACCCUACAAAAUCUGGUGCUAUUUUUAAACCAUUCAAUCACACAUUUAAGGCUUUUGUGAAACGUUAGGCCUGUGAGAUUUUGCUAUCUUUAUGUGCACAGUAGCCUUAAUUAUACCUUUAUACAUCUGUUUAUGUUAGUUUAACAAUAUUUCAGGCAUUUAUCAAUCAUUUCUGGGUCAUUCUAUGAUAAUCUUUUUAUCUUUGUAGAUUAGGUUUACACUCCAUUUUGUGAUAUAACACAAGAGUUAUUCUUUGUGUAGCAGCAUCUAUAUUUCAUAGAUUUUUAUGAAAGUGUUUGUAUUUUACACAUGUAUGUUACAUUUGAAUUGUUCCAUUGACUUGCCAAAGUUACCUUUUUCUUUCUUUUAAGCACCUGGACAAUGUUUUGACUUUUUGGAAAGUAAGGGAAUGACUGCGUGUGCAUGUAUGUGUUUGUCCCUGAGUAUUGCUAUUAGUCCUCCAGAAUGUAAUGAUUACUAUGUUAAUGCACAUGUAUUUUAGUCAUCCGAAUUAUAUAUGUUCGUUCUGUUCACUUUUUAAUACUUUUGCUUCACGUAAAAAAAAACGAAACAUUAUGCAGCUGAUCAAACCAAAGACGUUUUUUGAUCAUUUCAUUUAGUAAAGGGAGCUUUCGUCCUUAUUGUAAACAGCAUCUCUUUUUAUAGAGGUGUGUUUUGUACCUUAUAGUUAUUUUAUUUUUUAUAUUCCAUUUUGUGAUAUGUAAUAAA